AUGAUAGUUGAUAACGCCACUUGCCCAACUUGUAGCAGAGGGGAGGAAACAGUAUUACACGUGCUAUGGGACUGUCCUGCUUCAAUAGAUGUAUGGGGAGAGGACUGCAGUCCAGUCAAAAAAUGGAGAAGAAACUAUGCUGACUUCAGAACACUAUGGUCUGAUUUUCAAUCCAAGCUUGAAGAAGGAAAGCUUCACAUAGUAACUGAGGUGCUCUAUGGCCUAUGGAAAAGGAGAAAUGAAGCUAUUUUUGAAGGAAGGUUCAAAAGCCCUUCUGUCACCUUUCAGCUAGCAUUGCAGGAAGUAGAAGCAACCAAGCUGACUCAGGACAAGCCGAGAGAGAGUCAAGCCAGACUAACAGCAGUGAUGAGAACCUUGUGGAGACCACCUAGAAUGGAUUACAUGAAAGUGAAUGUUGAUGCAGCCAUGGAUAGAAAAAUGGGAAGGAUGGGGAUUGGCAUUGUAGUAAGGGACUGUAAUGGUGAGGUACAUGUGGUGCUGGCCUCUCCCAACCAAAUAACAAGGUCUGCUUAUGUAGCUGAGAGCUGGGCCAUGCUUCGAGCUAUUCAGUUGUGCAGGGAACUAGGCUUCAGACAGGUGCAACUGGAAGGAGAUGCGAAGUUGGUAGUGGAUGCAAUCAAUUCAAAUACACAAGAUUCUUCAUGGGAUGGACAAGUGAUAGAGGACAUCAAAUCUGUAUUGAAAGCCCAGGCAGGGUGGUCAGUAUCAUUCUCGGGUAGAAGCAGCAACAAAGCAGUGCAUGAUACUCAAGACUAG